GGAAAGAUAAUCAUGUCGAUGUUUUUCUGCAUAUCAUUUACCUUUCUUAUUAAGGCAAGUCUUGGCAAUUAUUUAUCUUGCUCGCGAGAUGAUAUAGAGAUUCAUGAAGUAGCAAGAAAUAAGAGACUGAAUGCUGCGCCGUAUUUAACAAAAACUGUGAGAAAUGAAAAUGAAUGUUUAGUUGUAUGUUUGUAUAAUGACUAUUGUUUGUCAUACAACGUCAAUAUGACUAGUCAAAAUGUCAAGUGUGAAUUAUUUUCGAAACUGGAUGGAGAAGAAGUGUUAAUUCAACAAGUUGGCUUUAAAUACUUCAAAGUGCAAACCAACCAUCGUUGCAUACCUGUCGACAACUCAUCUCUUCAGAUUUGUGAUUGUCGAUCAGUAACUUAUUCUAAAAGAGAUUGUCUGGAAUGGCGAGAAAAAGGUGCAAAGGAGGAUGGUUUGUACAAUAUUAAAGUGGGUGAUCAAACUGUGGAAGUGUUUUGUGACAUGACGACAGACGGAGGAGGGUGGACAGUGAUUCAAAAGCGACAGAGAUCAACUAACCCUGUAAAUUUCAACACGACAUGGGACAAAUACAAGAAGGGCUUUGGAGAUUUAAAGACAGAAUUUUGGCUUGGAAAUGAUUAUAUUCAUAAAUUGUCAGCCAUGGCAGAAACAACCCUUCGAAUCCAUUCUACCGCUAAAGACAACAUGAAGAAGAUUUCGAUUCUAAAAUACUUCAAGGUCGCCAACGAAGGUGUUCACUAUCAAGUAAGUUACAGGUUCGGUACCGGGCCGUCCUUAUUCGAUGCAAGAUAUACGAGAUUCAAUCAGAGCAAAUUCAGCACGAUAGAUAGCGACAACGAUAUUUGGCAACACGUUAACUGUGCGGUGAGAUUGAGCGCUGGUUUUUGGUUUGACGCAUGCUCUGUGGCGAACCUUAAUGGUCCAUUUAUUCCACAUGACCAAAGAUUUGGAUUUAUGUGGCGAGGAUGGAAUGCACCAGAUGAUACAAAGACUUAUCAGUUAGAAACAACUAUGAUGAUGUUACGGAGGGGUGUGAAUUGAUGGAUUUUGCAAUUUGGCUGUCUUUCUGCAAUCCCUGCAAAAAUAUGUGACAGUAAACUCGAAAGUCAUCUUCUUUACAGUCUCAGAACAGACCUUCUUUCUCCUCCCUAACUUUCAAUGGUUGAUAUAGGAGUCAACAGCCCACAAACCAUUGAAGAUUAGGGCAGAGGGGUUGUAUAACCCAAUUUUGAGCUUUACUGCAAAAAUAUUUUGGCAGAGAUUGUUGCGCGGAACUGAAAGUCAGUUUUUAUGAGACAAGACAGAUUACGACAGGGAAGGGACAAAGAGCCAGCAUUCAUUAAGUGAUAAUGGCAAUACUUGUAUAAUAAUAUUAGGUCAUAAUUUCGCAAAGUAAAUUCUACUAAAGUUUUUUCUGUAUAUUUUUUUCCUUUAAUGUUUUUUAUAUUUUAUUCUUUUUCAUAUUUUUCCUUAGACAGUGUAUAUUUAAAGGAUGUCGUGUGUUGUUUAUGUGAAGUUUUUACUGGUUUUUUCUUCUUUCUUAUGUAAUUUACAUUUAGAUUGAGUCUAAUCUUGGUUAGAUUAGACUCAAUCUAAAUGAUGGAAGAAUGUAUUUUCUGCGGGUUUUUGAUGAAUAUGGAGCACCUUGCAUUGUUUUCUAAGUACCAGUUUUUUUGCCAUUGCUGGUGUUAAUAAUGUAUAUUUUGUUUAUCAAA